UGCAAAGCGCAGGCGAUAGAGCGGGCGGGGAGGGUGCAAGCGAUGAUGGACACCGUAUUGAUUUCUAUCUGCCCGCUCCUCCCUUAUUGUCGCGAUGCAGGGCCAGACAUCGAUCGUUGCACCGGCCCUAAAUUAACACCCCGCGGUCGCGCUCGCUAUCACCCCCGAUACGUUCUCAAACGAGCAAUAGUGUUGUGUUAAUUGUCAUUAACCUCACGUGAGCAGAGGGCGAUAACAAUACUCGGCAACUGGAGCUUUAAGCGUGUUUCACGCACCUGAUUUUCGGGCAAGAAGUGAGAAAAAGGCAUUAAAGUGGCGACGUUGGGCGCGCGCGUGGAAUGCGCAGGAGUGGAUUUAUUUAAUUCGCGGCCACGCACAGACUCCGCCGUGUCUCCUUCGGAACACCCGGCCAUGGCGACCGAAACCGUGUGGCACCCAGGCGGCGCCGCGGCCGGUGGCGAACAGCAGUACUCCCUGCGGUGGAACGAUUUCCACUCGGCGAUCGUGUCCUCCUUCAGGCGGCUGAGGGACGAGGAGGACUUCGUGGACGUCACGCUCGCUUGCGCAGGCGCCACUUUCACAGCUCAUAAGGUGGUAUUAUCAGCAUGCAGCCCCUAUUUCCGAAGAUUAUUGAAGGCAAAUCCGUGUCAACACCCCAUUGUUAUAUUGCGAGAUGUGCACGACAAAGACAUGGAGAGUCUACUGAGGUUCAUGUACCAAGGCGAGGUCCACAUCGGCCAGGAGCAGCUAAAGGAGUUCCUCAGGGCCGCUCAGCUGCUCCAAGUGAGAGGGCUCACUGAUGUCCCUCCCCCCGCGCCCCUCACCACACUCGACCAGAAGGCCUCUCCAUCCGCGUCAUCCUGGACGGAGACCGGCAGCGCGGCGUCGCGGGAGGGGCGCGACUCGCAGCGCGAGGGCAGGCGCGCGCGCCGCCCGGACGAGGGCGCCGCGAGCACGCCGCCGCCCAAGCGGGCGCGAUCCUCUGACCUGUACCAGGCGCAGAUGAAAACCAGGACGGAGCAGCUGUUGGCAGCGCAAGGCAGUCCCGAAAGGAUGGGCACCAAUGGACACGACCUGGCUCUUUUCAGCCACGCCCUGGAAAAUGUGCAGAAUCCACACUUGUCUAACGUUUCUAAUAAUAUGUCAGGGGAUGGUGAGGAGUCUUCAUCGGAUGCAGGAGCAAGUGACACUGAGGGUGACAACAGGACCAAACAGGAGCCAGUAGACUACGACGACCCAGCGACCAUGGCGAACACCAACGGAGCCCUACCGCACAACUUCCCUGGAUUGCUGAAUUUACCCGGAUUUCCCGGACUUCCGGGCCCAUCAGGAAUUCCAGAUAAUUUCGGUGGUUGUCGUCGCACCCAGGACCUACUUCGCGUGAGAGCUACGGAUCCCAGGCCCUGUCCAAAAUGUGGAAAAAUAUAUCGAUCGGCUCACACUCUACGGACUCAUCUCGAAGACAAGCAUACCGUCUGCCCUGGUUAUAGAUGCGUGCUCUGCGGCACAGUAGCGAAAUCCAGAAAUUCACUACAUUCACACAUGUCCCGACAACACCGCGGAAUCUCGACCAAGGACCUGCCCGUUCUGCAGAUGCCUACACGCUUUGAUCCAGAACUUGCAAGCCAAUUACUAGCCAAAGCAGGAGUAAAGGUAUCCCCAGAACAGCUACGAGCGCGCGCCUCCCCGACCGGACCAAGACGAUCUGACAUCAAACUGGACGCGAAGUCUGCAGCAUCCGAGAGCAGUUCCAUUUGUGGAGAUAACGACCAUGAUGAUCUCAGUCAAUCCAAGUACCAAGACAGCAUCCCUGUAUCGCCUCCACAUAUUAAUAACCUGACUAACACGACAAUAACUAAAGUGCCGGCAGUUCGAGCAGUUACAGCGAAAACAGUGGAAAAUCUUCCGCACGGUCUGACAGGCAUGAAGCACGACGACUACCCCCCAGGAUUCGGAGGUGGAUCUGCUAUAUUAGACACUUACCUGCAAUACAUCGGAGAAAACGUUUUUGGAAUGAACCCAGCAAAAUUUGCUCAAAUGAAUGCAAUGCACAUGGAAAGAAAAACUUAUGAUGAACCCUCGCCACAGAUGGGCUCUCUGCCGCCACCGCCAACCACUCUUGCUCACCAACGUUUCCUAAAGCAAAUGCAAAGACAAUACACUGAAAACAUGGGAAAGCCUGACAUCAUGCGAGAUUCAGAGGAACCACUCGAUUUGGGUAAAGAAAGACAGCGGAACGACAGCAUCAGCGAAGCCGAAACCGACAGACAUGAGAUGGAGAAGGAUCUUAAUAAAGAUUAUUACACCAAGAGCUAUAACGACGAAGACAGAAAUAGAAUACAUAGCUCCGAACAGGACGGAGACAAUAUGACGGUGCAUGAUGACGGCGACUUCUCCGAAGAGGAACACAACAAAGCCGCUGCUUCAUGAAAUGUCCUUAACGACUUUCCGUAUUAGUGCAUGUAAACUGAGAACAAUAUUUUUGUUGAUGGUUUCAAACGGUGCUUGAGUGUUAUGUUACGUCAUUAGCCGAUGUUUAAACGGUUUUAUUGUUGACCCGUGGAAUGUCAUUGGUGCCAUUGCCGAUGUAAUGUUAAUUAAGUUAGGUUAUGGAAUGGUCUUGCACAAAGUUGACGUGAUAAUAUGGCUAUCUGAGUCAAGCGCGUUUCAACUUUCAACCCUUAUUCUUUUGGAGUCGGAUAAGAAAUUGUAGUGACUGUUAGAGCUCAACCUUUACCCGACCAAGAUGCCAUAUGUCACUAGUGUAACCUGAACACGUUAGUUCGAGUCGACUCGCCACUUGUGAGAUUGUUUCAGUAGUAUACUAAUCUAGUGAGUAGUGACUUUGUAUUGUAUGUAAGGUCCCUGUCACGUAGUAGGGCCUCUUACAUAGAAAUUCCAUCCAACUACCUCAACGUUCGGGCCAAUGCGGCGACGAUUAUAAAAUAUAUAUCCACACAAAUUGUGAAAUUCCAUCCAUCUACCUCACUUCAAUAGAUUUUAUUUAAUAUUUUAUACAAUUUAUAGAUAUAAUAACUGUUGUUUUAUGCAUUUUGCAGAUUGCAUUUAUAUAUAUACUAUAUAGAGUAUAUUGUAGGUAAAAUAUUAUGCAAGUCAUUAGGUGGUUCUUAGUGCUGCCCGUAGAUACGUAUAUACUAAACGUUUAUUUAAAAUAGUGAAUGCACUCACUAGAGAAACAUUAGACUGUGUCACAAUAGUAGCGAGUAAUACAUUACCUUAUAUUGAAUGAGCACACUUAUAUUUAGUGAACAAAUAUCUUUGUAUACGAACAAACAUAACAGAGCUUAACUAUACUAUACAAGUUUCGUAUAAGAGUCGCUUAUACGAGUCGAAAAUAUAAUAAAUAUAUGUUUAUAGAGUUCUUUACGGGCAAAUUCUAAAUUGUAACAUCUUUUGUCUUGAGACUGAAUAUUUUUCAAGUUUUUCGAGCGAUUCGCGUCAAGUUCAAAUAUGAAUUACAUAAAAUAUAUUGAGGUAAUGCGUUGUAAAUAAUGUUUGGUGAUAUGUAAAUUAUAUGAAUAUAGAGAAAUAGAAACAAAAGCAAUAAAUAAAGUAUACCUUGAUGUUGCCUUCUAAUGUAUGUAAAUAGUAUGCGGGUAGUUCCAAAUGUGUUGGUCUGUGGCUGUCCGGAUAACCGUUCGAUACUGAGGCGCAUGCGCAUGAGUGUUUAUUUUGUAGUAAUAAUGUGGGCUGGUUACUUAACAAAUACUGUGAUUACAAUCUCAUAUUAGCCUUCAAUAAUUAUACAUAUUUUUUAGAGUACAAUGUUAUAGUUAUUUAGUAUAAGUGUAUUUGUAAGCGAGUCACAAAAUAUAUUUACUUCCCGAAGUUUAGAAUUCACGUUAAGAGAACUUAGAGCAAUAGAUGGAGCAUUUAAUCUUUUAUAUGGGAGAUUUUGG